AUACAUGGGGUGAAGAGUGUCUGCUUAUUCCCAGCUCCUCGGGACAGCGAUGCGAAACAGAAAGACAUGCGAAGAUUCAAGAAGGGAUGGGGAAAAGGUGGUGUGUUGCCUGAAACAGAAGCUAGUCAGAAUGACCACAGGAACACAGCGCUUGUGAUACCAACCGUCAACGCGCGACGACGACAUUAACCAGAGGUUGUACCUACAAAUCGCUGCUACAAGGACGUGCGACAGCCCAGCCAUCACCAACCACUGCGUUGUGGUAGAGGCUUUUCAUCGCGUGCGUGUUUGUGAGGCCAAAGGUUUCCAACCAACUCAGUCCUAGCACAAGACUCUACAAGGGUUUGUGAACUCCGCUCAAAUGGAGCUUGGUCGAGGCGCGGAGAGGUUUGGUAGUUGUUGCAGCGGAGAGGCUAGUUGUUACUCGGCAAAUGAUAGCAGCUCGCGAGGCGUUCGCCAUCGUCACAGAGCUCAGUCCAAGAUUGAUGAGUGUCCUUACGAAUUCCCGUUUUCACAGGCGUGUCCGUGUUUGGACGAGCCGAGUAGUGGUAGUAGAAAGGUCUUUUCUGCUGCGCCCUCUCCAUCCCGUGUAGACUGCCUACAUACUAGCACCCGUUGUGACAGCCCAUCAUGUUGUGCAUGCUGUCCCGUCAAUGAAACACAAUUGCCCUUCUUUGCUUGUUCUGAGCACUCCAAAACUGAAAGUGGUGUUGCUGUCAAAAGAGCGGGUGCCAACAAACGUCCUACGAAACGUUUCAACUUUGGCACCCAGCAUCGGAGCAGAAAGGGCGCGCGUGACGAAUAUUCACGCGUGAGGUCUGUGUCUAGCUACGUUUCAGAGGGAUCCUCCGCCGCCGCCGUUCGUGUUGAUCCCAGAGUUCGAGUAGCAGCCUCGGUAGCAUCAAGUGGGCUACGCUGCUCCUGCCGUGUGGUGGUGAUGUCCAGCGUUGAGCGUCCAGCGCCCUACCGUGCUUCUGCACAUCAGAGCACGACGUCUGGUCAGCUGGCCGGCCAGUUGUCGUACGCCUACGAUCCAGACUGUGCAGUUCACGGAGUGCAUGCCACUACUGGCAAUGCUGGAGGUGUAGCAACUGCACUGGUACCGGCCGCACACACACGCAGCAUACCGAUAGGCCAGACUUUUCUGAACAACAACCCUGUCAGCAGCUUUGAGGCGACAGCCACAGCGGAAGACGACGACGACAGCAGCACAAUUCCGCCAGAGUAUCGCCAUCUUGUGCAGCACGAUAAGCCACCGCCUGGUGUUUUCCUUCUGGCCGAAAUAGAACGCGCUCACACGGACCAGCUCCAGCAGAGGGCACAACAGCAAGUGAGCAGCAAACUGGACGCAUUCACAAUGCCUCCGCCGCCGCCACCUCCACCUCCACCGGUAGCACUGCACCCGGCCUCGGACCGUCAGAAUAAUGUAGCCACUGUGACUUCUCACAACCACCAACAGCAACAGGCACCGAUCCAUCCGCAGUCAGUACCGCUGGAGAGGAGCGGGCACGGGCGGGAAAGGGGCUACGACGGAAAUAUCAUGAUUGACAACACGAAGAAUGCCUACACGUCCACGCCAAGCAGGUCCGCAGCCUUGGCGGACUGGUCGGCCGCGUCGCUCUUCAAGGAGACAAAGAUGACGCGUUGCGGCUGCAUUCUGCACACGGUGGCCAUGCUCACAGCGUCCAUAGCACUGCUGCUGACUGGGAUUGUGAUCUCCGGCGGGUUUGACGAUGAAACUGACCAGGACCUUGCAAACAUGCCGGUGUUCUCUUCAAGCGCUCACUUCACGCCUUCGCUCAUGGGAGACAGCAGGUCUGGUCUACCGCUACAGCAAAGAGCAAACACAGUGAAGGAGAAGAUACUCCAGCUGGAGGAGAUAGCCAGCAACCAGCAUGCCAGUGUACAGCACCUGUCAGCAUCCAAUGCCGACUUGCUUAGAAGGAUAAUGGCAGUGGAGGCAUGGCGCACCGCUGGCAUGGGUCGAGCCACACCGAUUCCACAUCAGACUGCCAUGCCAGCUGGAAUGUCUGGUAUGGCGGGGAUGGCGGCCAUGCCACACCUGACCCAGGCCGGACUCACCUACAUCCGCUGGGGACGGCGCACGUGCCCACAGCACCUGCGCAACAUCACGCAAAUUGUGUACGAGGGCCUCGCGGCCGGCUCCCUCAGCUCCCAGCCUGGCAGCGGCAGCAACACCAUGUGUCUGCCGCUAACGCCAACCUGGGGAAACUUCAGCGACAUGCGCGAAGCCGGCGGCCAAAUUUUCGGCGCCGAGUACCGGUUUGGACCCGGGGACGGCUUCAACGUGUUUGAGAACACCGGCACGGGUGGACGGCUGUCGCAUCGAAAAGUACCGUGUGCUGUGUGCCAUACACGUCUGGCAUCCUCUGUUCUAAUGGUGCCGGCCAGCACGCUCUGUCCCCUGCGCUGGCAGCAGCAGUAUAACGGGUACUUGAUGAGCGAGCGCUUCGACCACCACAAGUCGCAGUACAUCUGCGUGGACAGGGAAGCUGAGGCAUCGGUGCUGGGAUCUCAGCUGCCGCGCGAAGGCCUGGGUCUCUACCCGGUGGAGGCUAGCUGCGGGGCAUUGCCCUGCGCGCCGUACAUGGCAAACAGAGAGUUAACCUGCUCUGUCUGUACGAUAUGAUCCACCACAGCUCUGCAAUCCCAUGUGCCUGAUGUGCCGAGCUAUUGCUUGCACAUGCAACGGCAGAAGAGCCAUACAUAUCCAUCUCAUCUGGAGCUCUCUGCCACCAUCCGCACUUUCCGUGUUUCGUUUCUGCUACGCCUGACACCGUGGUACACACAGCCAAGGCUCUAGAACCUACUGAAUAUACAACACUAGGGUUUGCCACGACAACUUGUACUUUUCGUGCGUGGACAUUCCUUUAUUAUUGAGAUUGCUGAAUGCAACCGUGGACUCCACACUACAUACGCUGAGCUUGAGCUCCGUGAUCAUUGACGGGUGACUACUACACCAUGCACAUUUUAUCUUUUAAUUCUCAUCGUUUGUAUGACGUUGAGACCUCAACAGCUUGAGCAGGCUCGGCUAUAUCAGAGCUAAACUCCCGGAACCAUUUUGACUGUGUGAUACUUACUCCCUGAUGUGCCUAUAUUUUAAGGAAUGCCUCAAGGAUUAUAAUGUGCUCCAUGGCCUUCAGACCACGUGUGGUGCGUCCAUACUACAAGACUUUCCCUUUUUCUCUUUCCUAGCUUGUGCGUAUGUACAGUGACCAUUUUUCAUCACACAGCACAUCUAUGGUAGUUGUAAAACUACUUCUAUAACUAAAUUGUCAGCUCGAGGGAGUUUAAAGAGCCUUCUUAUUUUCACGUUCUUAGCACUUCAUAACCCACUCUAAUUUUCAUCAGACGGAUUUACUAAAAAACAACAACUGUGCUCUUAUGUUGCCAUGGAUUCUGGAGCCGAGACCGGUGCAGAAUGAUCACACCGAUUGUCAACCUCCUGCUCUGGUGUUAUCUCCUCUCACGGAUG